GCAAUAAAAAAAUAGCCUGUACGUACUAAGGUGCUUAACUGAUAAUGUAAGGUUUAUCUAAUCUGCGACGUGCAUCAUAUACACUAGCUAGUUCCUAAGGUAUUAUUAAUCCUACCCCCACAUGUCCAUCAACUCCGAUAUAGCUUUACACGUAAAUGGAUCUCUCUUUUCUCCAUGCGUUGUGCCUCUUUUAUAUGCCAAUUGGUCGUUAAUAUAUACCUUAGAGAAGCAAUCAAAAAAUAGAUUGCUUUUUAUCCACCAAACAAGGCCCCUCAAAAAACCCCGCGGUCGAUCCCCAAGUUAUCCUUGUCGCACAUCCGAGAACGAAAAGAAAAACAACGUCGCCUUCGAAACGCCAGUCAGCGCUAAUCUCAGCCAAUCUCUAACCCAACUUCCGAUAACCCCUUAAGAUCUACCCUUUAUAGAGGGACCUAGAACGCCAUGGCAACAGCAGGAGCAGCGGAGGAUCGCCCGCGGAUCCUGUACUCGGAUUCGGGUCCGGAGCCACCGUACCCGCUGCGCAUGGAAGGCACCGUCAUAUCCGGCUUCGGUCGCGGGUCCAAGGAGCUCGGCAUCCCAACCGCCAACCUUCCCGUCGACUCCGUCACGACGCCCUGGAUCGCCACCGCCAAGUCGGGCGUAUACUUCGGAUACGCCGCCCUCGCCUUGCCUUCCUCUCAUCCCGACCGACAAGAUGCCACCACCAUCAACAGCGACAGCGAUAGCAACAACACCAACAGCACCGGCGCAAACCAAUCCCACGAACCCCGCCACCGCUCCAACCCCCGCGCCGCCGUCGACGCUCCUCCUACAUCCCACCCUCCCCCUCCGCGCACGACGAUAACAUCCGUCAGCACAGCAUCCGAAACCUUUCCGUCGCUCUCCACAUCCAAACCCACAUCCACAUCCACAUCCUCCCCCACUCCCCACGACUCCGCCUCCGCCCCCACCUCCUCGUCGCCGAAGCAGCAGCAGCAGCAGCAGCACUGGCAGAUCUACCCGAUGGUCAUGUCGAUCGGGUACAACCCCUUCUACAAGAACGCGGUGCGCUCCGCCGAGGUGCACGUGCUGCGGUCCUUCGGCGCCGACUUCUACGGCGCCCCCGUGCGCCUGCUGAUCCUGGGCUUCGUCCGCGAGGAGCGCGACUACGCCUCCCUCGACGCCCUCGUCGCCGACAUCAACAUCGACUGCGAGGUCGCCCGCGCCUCCCUCGCCCGCCCCGCCUGGACCCCGCGCCAACAACAAGGGUCCGCCGGCGAGCUCGACGCCUCCUGGCUCGUUAGGGACGAAUAACGGCCUGUUUCUUUCUUCUAUAUAUAUAUAUACCUUAUACCUACCUAUAUAUAUCUAGAUAGACAUGGAGAGACCUGGGUACCUAGACUUGGGUUGCUUGCUUAACCUAACCUAACCUAACCUGACCUUAUGUAUCGCGUUUGUUUAGAUACGUACUUGCAAUAUCAACGUGACGCAAAUAUAAUAAUCUUACUUUCCUCACUUACCCACAUGGGAAAUAUCAUCACAAGGAUGCGACAUGGGUAAUGCGAUCAGGAGGGGCAAAAUGGAGGGGUAAGGGAGCG